AAUUUUUGUUAGAAUUUUCAGUUUCGAUUAGUUAACCAAAGUUUAUGCACCCCUAGUCUAGGGAAUAGGGCUUUACAAAGAGGGCUAGGGUUUAUCUCUCGUCUUCCCGCACAGCAUACUUCCAAACCAAUCUCGUCCCUGCCAACAGCCUUUCUUUGCACUUUCCGGAGGCGGAACCACCAGUGUGCAUAAAGUACAAGUAAGGUCAAUAUGAUGAGAAUAAAGACUCCCAAGCCGGGCAGAAUCAGGCGAGAGCUCGACAAACGUGCUCCGAAACUUGUGGAAACUGGGAAGAAGACACUGAUUCUUCAUGGUACUAAAACAAGCAGUGUUUUGAACUCAGUGUUGACAGAGAUCUAUCACUUGAAGAAGGACAAUGCUGUCAAAUUUUCAAGGAAAAAUGAUAACAUUAGACCUUUUGAGAGUGGUGGUGAAACAUCUUUGGAGUUCUUUUCCCUUAAGACUGAUUGCAGCCUUUUUGUGUACGGUUCUCACUCAAAGAAACGUCCAAACAAUCUCGUGCUUGGUCGAACCUAUGAUCACCAUAUCUAUGACCUUGUCGAGCUCGGCAUCGAAAAUUUUAAAAGCAUGGAUUCAUUCUCGUAUGACAAGAAAAUAGCUCCUCGGGUCGGGUCAAAACCCUUUUUUGCCUUCAUUGGGGAAGCAUUCGAGAGUUCGGACGAGUUGAAACAUUUGAAGGAAGUUCUGCUGGAUCUUUUCCGUGGGGAGGUUGUCACAAACUUCAACCUUGCUGGGGUUGACCGUGUGUACAUCUGCUUAGCUUUGUCUCCGAAUAGAAUUUUUUUCUCGCACUGCGCACUUUGUCUCAAGAAAUCAGGAACUUCAGUGCCAAGAAUGGAGUUAGUCGAGGUUGGGCCAGCCAUGGACAUGGUUGUGAGAAGGCAUCGCAAUCCUGAUGACAGCCUGAGAAAAGAAGCAAUGAAAACGGCGCCUCAACUGGCGAAGAAGAAGGAGAAAAAUGUCGUGAAGGAUGCAAUACAGGGCAAGAUCGGGAAGGUUUAUAUCCCGGAGCAGAAGGUCGGGAGUGUACCAUUUGCUAACAAAUCAAAGGGGGUGAAGAGGGAGUGGCGUGAAGCUAAGACGAGAGGUGAGGGACACAAUCCCUCACAAAAGAAGCAAAAGCAAGAUGAAUCUUGAGCAUAGAUAGAUACACAUUUUCGAGUCAAAAACUGAUGUAUCAUUUUGAUUGAUGAGCCCACCUAUUGUUUCUUGGUAAUUGAACAUUGUCUUUCCUUGGUUAUUUUGAAUUUUUGUGUUAUCUGUGUUGUUUCAUUUUUUAGGAUAAUGCCCGUGUAGUAGCUGGCUUGCAGGAUAUAUAUGAGAGAUCACAGAGCCCUUUUGUUCCUAAUUUUGUUCUUUGAUCUAAAUUGGUAGUCAUCCUACCAAUUGGGAUUUUAAUGAGAAUACACACAAUUAAUGAUAAUAUACUUCGAACA